GGUCCCAACCCGCAAAAGGUCGUCCCUCUCGACGUCUCCCUCCCCUUCCUCCUCCUCUUCACACCAUGUCCGUCACCACCAAGAUCCACCGCACGGCGAACGCGCCGUCCAGCUCUCCGAGCGAGACCGAGACUGCCGUCGCUCAGGCUCUGCUUGACCUCGAGAACAACGUACCCGAGCUCAAGGCAGACCUGAGGCCACUCCAGAUCUCCGCUGCGAGGGAAGUCGAUGUCAAGGGAGGCAAGAAGGCUAUUGUUAUCUUUGUUCCUGUUCCCCAGAUGGCGGCUUUCCACCGUCUGCAGGCUAGGCUCACCCGCGAGCUGGAAAAGAAGUUCUCCGACCGCCACGUCGUGUUUGUUGGGCAGAGGAGGAUGCUCCGCAAGCCGAAGCGUGGUGCGCGUCCGGGGCAGAAGAGGCCUCGCAGCCGGACGCUCACCUCGGUGCACGAGAAGAUCCUCGAGGACCUCGUUUUCCCUACCGAGAUCGUGGGCAGGCGGACGCGUAUCGCUGCUGAUGGGUCUAAACUGUUGAGAGUGUUCCUCGAUGCUAAGGAUGCCAACCAGCUCGAGUACAAGCUCGACUCUUUCAGCUCCGUCUACCGCCGUCUUACCGGCAAGGACGUCACCUUCGACUUCCCUAUCGUGCCCGUCGAGGAGCCUACUCGUUGAGUUCUUUUGGAUCCUAGAGGGGAGUGGGAGAGAUAUGGGGAUAUAUGUGCAAAACACCUCUAUGUAAUCGCGCGACAUACCCGAUAUGAUCAUGCAUUUACGCUCAACUGUGUCGAGUCCCGCUCAUGUCCACAUCCUCCUAUAAGCGGUCGCUAAGUGCUCAGUUUUCAAGAUAAU